AAAUGAUACAGAAAGAGAAAAUAAUUGUGGAGAGAAUGGCUUUUUAUUCAUAUAAACAAUGACUGCAUUGAAAACAUCAGCAUCAAAAAUGUCUCAAGAACUGUAUUUUACUGAACUCAAGAACACAGCAAGUAGGACAAGUGGCUGAAGAAUGUUAAAACUGAUGCUAUUAUGACUGCAUGCAGAAACUCUCAUCACUACAACUACAACUAAUAAAUAUAUAUCUUAAGGAGUCUUUCUGAGGCAAAAUUAAAUAAGUUAUAUUACAUAAAAGUCCAUAAAUUGUAUUUUAACAUUAUUCUUUAAUAAUAGGGUUAUUAAUUCAAUUAUUGGAAUACUAUAGCAGUACUAAUCAUUUUUAUCAGUCUAUAAAAAUGUUUUAAUAGUUGUCUUUUUGAAGCUAUUUCACCAUAACAAUCAAUUUACCUUUAAAACUCACCUAGAUUAGCAUAUUUUAUUAAUUAGACACGUUAUUUAUAUAUAUAUAUAUGUCUUUCCAAAUACUUUUUUCAAUGAGUAUGCACACAUAUAUAGCUUGAAUAACUCACAGAUCUUUAGAUGUUUAAUGUGUGUGUAUUAAAAGAUAUAAUGUCUGUUUAAGGUUAAGACUAUCAUUUGUAAUUAUAAAUAACAACUAUCAAUCAGUCUCUUCUUGAGAAAUGUGAGACUGAAGGUAUCUUUAGUUAUUUAUACACAAUAUACAAUCUUCUUAGAUUCCUCAGUUUGGGGUUCUAUGUCUAUAGCCUUCUAUGGGGUUAAAAAAAUAUUUCUGAACGAUGUAGCAGUAUUUAUACUAUCUCUCUUUUUAAAAUUAAGUUUAAUACUUUAAACACAGUGAAGAAUACAUUCCUCAAUAACUAUAUUGUAAACAAAAAAAACUCUUUGGGGGAAAAAUACAAGUCUUAAGAGAUGGUUACAAAUUAAGAGUGGUUAUUGUGGUUAAAGGAAAGCCAAACCAUUGGAAAUGAGAUAUCAGUUAAUUUCCCGCCCUUUGACCAUAAACUAGGUAUGGGACAUAAGGAAAAAACUUAAAUGCUUUGGGUAUACGUCAGUAUUCAGCAAUAAAAUUGAAUUAUACAGGUUAAAUACAACAUAAAUAUGUGAUACAUUUCUGUCAGAUACCCUGUGGUAUUCACCUAAAGCAUGGUAGUUCUUUUUAUAUACACGAGGGGGCGAUGUGACAUAAUUACUCUGGAGGGGUCAUAAGCAAAUUUAUGAGGAUGUAUUUUCAUAUCACUGGGUCUCUUGGACACUGCAUUUCUAACAACUCUCGGUUGCCUGCCAGCACAUCUCAUUAAGGCUAAUUGAUAAAUCAUAAUACCCUUUCCUUGGAAUUUUUCCCAUUCUCUUGUUUUUGCUUUGUGGCAAACAAACCUCAAGGAUAUUUUAUUACUUUCUUUGAAUUAGUGUGUAAUGCAAAAAAGACAUAGAUUUGUUGUAUUUAAAAAUUAAUUAUUAAUAAAUGAAUGUGCAGUCACUAUUCUUUAUUUAAGUUAGCUGCUGUUUUUAAAGCCUUAAAGCCUCUGAUUUUCAGUUUCCAAAAUACGUGCCUUGGGACAGAGGUAUUAACCCCAAAGAGACAUAAAACGGGCAUUUCCCAAGGCAGCAUGGUUAAAUACUCACUCAGGAAAACAAUCUAGAUCUCUACAAAGCUCUAGCUCUACCAUUCAACAGUAGUAUAUGCGUGACAAACUACCUGUUCAGAAAAUACAAAGACACUUUAGGAUUUAAAAGUCUGGCUGUAAGUAGCUUCUCUCUGAAAUUUUAAACUGUUAGAGUCUCUUAAGGGAGUGACGAAUUUUGGAUACAGAUCAGACUGCAAAUCCAGACUACAGGUUAUCUCAUUGAAUACUCCAGGAAAUAAAUAGCUCCUAUACCUGAAUCUUUAAGUAAUUAUCCCAACAACAGUCUUCAGAACUUUCUUGUAAUUGGUUUGGAUUUGAUUUCCUUUGAAGGCUGAAUGAUUCAUGUUACAUACUUGUAUGUUAGUCAUUCACAAUUUAUAAAGGGCAACUUAACUUCAGUAUUUAUGAAUUGCGAUCAAUACUCUAGCAAUCAAAACACUCACCUUUUCUAUUUCAAUACUUCAAUUUUCUUUUUUGUUCUUAACUCUUUCUCAGAACGGCUGGAUCACGAGCAAACCAGGCUCCAGUUGCAGAUGUUUAUGAUAAUAGUUAGGGAAGAAACCGUCUGUGAGAUUAGUAAAUGAAUAAAUAGAUGAAUCAGAAGUCGGUAUGUGUAUGUGUGUUUGUGUAUAUUGUAUGUGGUGGUGUUGUAGUGUAUGUGUGUAUAUAUGUGUGUGUUAUGGCUUACAAAACAGGAAUCUUAGAUAUCCUAAUGACUGGCCUUCAUGUUUUAUACUUUUGUUUUCAUGGAGCUUUGGCAAAUGCGGUUAUCAAUGGCUAUUUGAUCUUAUGGAGAAACAAUCAAAUUGCAAUGUGACAAUUUAAUAACAAGAAUGGAGGUGAACAAAACACCACAACUAGUUUGUGUGUGUGUGUGUGUGUGUGUGUGUGUGUCGGGGGUAGGGGGGUGGGUAUCCACUUUACCUUGAACCUGGGCUGAGAUGGUUGGGAAGAAUGACCAAAAAGGGUAGAACCGUAAGUAGUAUUCAGCCAGAUUUGAGUUUACAAAGCUUGUAUUGACAGUGAGCCUUUCUCCUUAAAGGAGAGGCUCUAUUCCUCUUAAGAGACAUAGCUUCUCUUUCAAUGGGCGUCUGCUUUUCUUCUGAAACACUUUCAUAAUUAAGUGACUUUCCUUGCAUGGGUGCCUGGGGACAGCUGAUUUUUCUCAGAGGAUGAAGGAAGUUACAUAUUGAUUGCUGUUGCUCGCGGCGUGUUCGUACCAGUGCGGGCAGAAACGGGCUCACGAGCGCCCUCGAAUUCACACACACUCACAGAAAUACACAUCUCAGCCCGUGGAAACGCGCUCACACACACCCACUUACACGCCUCCGCACCUCAUUCACAUGGGUCCACGCGGAGUCAAGGCUGAGCUUCCCUUGGCAUGGGCGUAUGUGCGGCGAGGGCGUGUGUGCGUGCGUGUGUGAGAGUGUGUGUAGAGAAACCCACUAGGCAGACCGCAGCUACCUUAUUCUACAAGCAUGCUGCGAUUCCCGAUCACGUGUAUGUAGAACCACAAAAAAUCUAAAUCGCUGUUAAACUUUUUUUUAUAAAUUCUCUUUUCCGAAGGAAGGCGGUGGAAGAGCUACUCCCGGUAGUUAAAGGUGCCGGAGACCCGCUGGCGAAUCCUGGGGCGCGUCUGCCUCAGCGGAGCGCUGGGCUCAGCCAACCGGACUGGUUCCCCAUCUAACUGAUCUAAUCAAUGACUCCUAAGAGCUGGGGCUCCUGGCCCCGCCCCCUCCAACCUCUUCUCCGCCUCCCAUUGGACGCGGGCCGAGAAGGCAGGGCCUUGCUCCUCGCUCGGAUUGGCUGGCAGGGAAUCAGUAUCAAUGUUUAAGCGGCGGCGUGAGGUGAAUAGAGUCAGUCAGCAAGAGACGCUGGGGAGAGAGCAGGAAUCGCAAACCUGGCGGAUGCGGCAGCAGCGGAGGGCGGCUGGGGAGACGCUACUCCAACUGUUGAAUUGAAUUUUCACCUUUCCUUUCAUCCGCUGCUGUGCUUGCGGAGAUGGAUUUAUUUGCUUUGAAAUCCGCACAUCUUUCUCAGACUGUGGGGUGAUCCCGACACCAGACUGAAAGAGACCACCCGUGACAGAAAAGGAGGAAUUAAAAAAAAAAAAAAAAAAAAAAAGCCCUCCACAACAGACUGCAUAAUUAACUAGACACACGGAUGUUGGACUUUUGUGAAUAGAGAAAAUUGAGAGGAAAAUCUUGAACUAUGAUGCGAGGCUAAGCUGGGAACAAUUACUGGAAACCCGAUUUCGUUUUUCCUUUUCCAAGACUCUGAAAAAUUUCGGAGUGCUUCUCGCCUAACCAAGAGGAAAGGUUUAAAAAAAAAUAAACAAAAUAAAUAAACCAAUACACCUAGCAAAGCAGACGCCUUGUUUUCCAGAACCUCGGACUCCGGCAGAAAGAGGUAGAGUAAAAGUGCUGCUAGAUUCAGCUUCACCUUCCUCCCUCCAUCCCUUUCUCUUGCAUUUUCUUUUCCCCCAAAACAUGAAUCUGGUUUUUCUUUCUAUAGACUGAGUCAGAAAAAGCGUUAGAAGAAGCUGCAACUAAUGUCUGUGAAGGGAGGACCCUGAGUCGAGAGUGAAUACGAUUCGUUCCGCUGCUUCUGACUCAUCCGGCAGAUCGGAACACCUGCAUUUCUGAAUGUGUCAUUCCCGUAUGUCGAGGCGCCUCCAGAACCCGAAAUAAUGUAUACACAGACCUGUGUCUAACAUCCCCUCAGAGGGACCUCCCCGGGGUAGGCGCCCCUGGCUGGACCUCCGCGGCCGCAGCUCUGCACCCCCUGCCCUCCCUGAGUCGCCCAGAAAGACUGAGAGCGAGACUGCAGAAUGCAUCACGCCAAACCUUGAUGUGUUGCUUUCAUCCAGCCCACUCCUCCUACUAUAAGAGAAAAUUGAAGGGGGAAAAAAACCCGUACUUUAUUUGCUUCAAAUAUUCAUCACUUUUAUUCCUCGCCAAGGUUUUCUUUUCUAGAUGAAGAGGACUGGGAGGCAGGGCUAUUGGAAGGAGAUGCUGAAUAGAAAGAAAAGAGAGGCACUUGACAGCCCAGCCCUGUGAAUGCAGAGACUGUUUCCCUUCUAGCGAGAGACAGGGAGAGUGUGUGUGUGAGGACUGGGAGGGAGGCUCCCCUUUCCUUUUUAUUCGGCCUCCCCCUCCCCCUUUGAAUCUGCACGUCCAACCAUGAGUUGCCUGUUGAUUUCCCUUCGCCUGGGAAGAAAAGCAAACUGGAAUUAAACUGCUUGGAGAGAAGUCUUUGCUCGCGGGGAGAGGAUGGGAUGGUAGCGGAGGCUACUGGCUUGGCGUAGAGAAAUCAGAGAGUGUGUUCUACGAACAGAGGCGAAGAUUUAUCUAUUUCCCCCUCCCAAUAGACACACACAGCAAUUGCUGAUCAGGCUGUGGCUUUCUUGAUUUCGGGGGAGAGCCUUUUCCGAGGAAGAGAGGGAGGAGCCUGGUGGAGAGAGGAAACUACAAAUCGGGACACUAGUUCUUUACGCUGCAUUUCCUCCCCUCCCUUUGGCUGCUCGGAAAGGAGAGAGAGGAAAAAAAUUACGCUUGGCUGGGAGAUGCAGUCCGCCGCCGCCUCUGCCUUAGCCAGCAAUGCAAGAUUAGAUCUCUAAAUGCAGCAAAACACUGCCUGAAAACAGACCAGCCCGCGCAGCAAGCAGAUAUUCCACGGUGCGCUGGGGAAGCUUCAAAAUAUAUCUGUGACUCUGUCUUCGUUGCUCUUCAUCCCUAUCAAUUUCGUCAAGGGAAGCGAGCAGCAAGUAAGAAUUUCACUUUCGGAUCUGCCUAGAGACACACCUCCCUGCUCCCACCCCCACUCGAUGUGAAGAGUAUUCCGGAGGCUCUGGGCGGGAGUAGAUUUGCAGCACCCUAGCGGGAGCGAGGAAAACCUACUGACUCUUUAGCUCAUUAUCAUCUCUCCCAGACGAGAUUUCCUUCUUAUCGCCUGCCUCAUCGCUCAAGUUUGAGCCUCCCGAAGUCCAGGCGGGAGAGACGAAACCCCUGGCUCGCCCCCAGCCGCAGGAAGCCGCCGCCUUGCUCCAAGCCCCUGCAGCUCUGCUGCACCGCAGCUUCUCACCCAGUGCGGAUGCUGUAGAUCAACAGGUUCAGGGAACUUGAGCGGAAUAAGGAGAGACCACCGGGUGCCGCAGCUCGGGUGCAGAGGGAAAAAAGGACCCAUAGACUUGUGGCUCGCGUCGCGCGCGCACGCUGCGCCAGGGCCCCGGGCUGGCGCACACUGCCUCGCUGGCCCCUCCAGUCCGGCUGCUCCUGGCCCCACCUUACAGGUCUGGGAUGUACCUUUCCAUCUGUUGCUGCUUUCUUCUAUGGGCCCCUGCCCUCACUCUCAAGAACCUCAACUACUCCGUGCCGGAGGAGCAAGGGGCCGGCACGGUGAUCGGGAACAUCGGCAGGGAUGCUCGACUGCAGUCUGGGCUUCCGCCGGCAGAGCGCGGCGGCGGAGGGCGCAGCAAGUCGGGUAGCUACCGGGUGCUGGAGAACUCGGCACCGCACCUGCUGGACGUGGACGCAGACAGCGGGCUCCUCUACACCAAGCAGCGCAUCGACCGCGAGUCCCUGUGCCGCCACAAUGCCAAGUGCCAGCUGUCCCUCGAGGUGUUCGCUAACGACAAGGAGAUCUGCAUGAUCAAGGUAGAGAUCCAGGACAUCAACGACAACGCGCCCUCCUUCUCCUCGGACCAGAUCGAAAUGGACAUCUCGGAGAAUGCUGCUCCAGGUACCCGCUUCCCCCUCACCAGCGCACAUGACCCUGACGCCGGCGAAAAUGGGCUCCGCACCUACCUGCUUACGCGCGAUGACCACGGCCUCUUUGGACUGGACGUUAAGUCCCGCGGCGACGGCACCAAGUUCCCAGAGCUGGUCAUCCAGAAGGCUCUGGACCGAGAGCAACAGAAUCACCAUACGCUCGUGCUGACUGCUCUGGACGGUGGCGAGCCUCCACGUUCCGCCACCAUACAGAUUAACGUGAAGGUGAUUGACUCCAACGACAACAGCCCGGUCUUCGAGGCGCCAUCCUACUUGGUGGAACUGCCCGAGAACGCUCCGCUGGGCACCGUAGUCAUCGAUCUGAACGCCACAGACGCGGAUGAGGGUCCAAAUGGCGAAGUGCUCUACUCUUUCAGCAGCUACGUGCCCGACCGCGUGCGGGAACUCUUCUCCAUCGACCCCAAGACCGGCCUAAUCCGUGUGAAGGGCAACCUGGACUAUGAGGAAAACGGGAUGCUGGAGAUUGACGUGCAGGCCCGAGACCUGGGGCCUAACCCCAUCCCAGCCCACUGCAAAGUCACGGUGAAGCUCAUCGACCGCAACGACAACGCGCCGUCCAUCGGUUUCGUCUCCGUGCGCCAGGGGGCGCUGAGCGAGGCCGCCCCUCCCGGCACCGUCAUCGCCCUGGUGCGGGUCACUGACCGGGACUCCGGCAAGAACGGGCAGCUGCAGUGUCGUGUCCUGGGCGGAGGAGGGACGGGCGGCGGCGGGGGCCUGGGCGGGCCCGGGGGUUCUGUCCCCUUCAAGCUCGAGGAGAACUACGACAACUUCUACACGGUGGUGACUGACCGCCCGCUGGACCGCGAGACACAAGACGAGUACAACGUGACCAUCGUGGCGCGGGACGGGGGCUCUCCUCCCCUCAACUCCACCAAGUCGUUCGCGGUCAAGAUUCUAGACGAGAACGACAACCCGCCUCGGUUCACCAAAGGACUCUACGUGCUUCAGGUGCAUGAAAACAACAUCCCAGGAGAGUACCUGGGCUCUGUGCUAGCCCAGGACCCCGAUCUGGGCCAGAAUGGCACCGUAUCCUACUCUAUCCUGCCCUCGCACAUCGGCGACGUGUCUAUCUACACCUAUGUGUCUGUGAAUCCCACGAACGGGGCCAUCUACGCCCUGCGCUCCUUCAACUUCGAGCAGACCAAGGCUUUUGAGUUCAAGGUGCUUGCUAAGGACUCCGGGGCGCCCGCGCACUUGGAGAGCAACGCCACGGUGAGGGUGACAGUGCUAGACGUGAAUGACAACGCGCCAGUGAUCGUGCUCCCCACGCUGCAGAACGACACCGCGGAGCUGCAGGUGCCGCGCAACGCUGGCCUGGGCUAUCUAGUGAGCACUGUGCGCGCCCUAGACAGCGACUUCGGUGAGAGCGGGCGCCUCACCUACGAGAUCGUGGACGGCAACGACGACCACCUGUUUGAGAUUGACCCGUCCAGCGGCGAGAUCCGCACGCUGCACCCCUUCUGGGAGGACGUGACGCCCGUGGUGGAGCUGGUGGUGAAGGUGACCGACCACGGCAAGCCCACUCUGUCUGCAGUGGCCAAGCUCAUCAUCCGCUCGGUGAGCGGAUCCCUUCCCGAGGGGGUGCCACGGGUGAAUGGCGAGCAGCACCAUUGGGACAUGUCGCUGCCGCUCAUCGUGACUCUGAGCACUAUCUCCAUCAUCCUCCUAGCGGCCAUGAUCACCAUCGCCGUCAAGUGCAAGCGCGAGAACAAGGAGAUCCGCACUUACAACUGCCGCAUCGCGGAGUACAGCCACCCGCAGCUGGGCGGGGGCAAGGGCAAGAAGAAGAAGAUCAACAAAAAUGAUAUCAUGCUGGUGCAGAGUGAAGUGGAGGAGAGGAACGCCAUGAACGUCAUGAACGUGGUGAGCAGCCCCUCCCUGGCCACCUCCCCCAUGUACUUCGACUACCAGACCCGCCUGCCCCUCAGCUCGCCCCGGUCGGAGGUGAUGUAUCUCAAACCGGCCUCCAACAACCUGACUGUCCCUCAGGGGCACGCGGGCUGCCACACCAGCUUCACCGGACAAGGGAAUAAUGCAAGCGAGACCCCUGCCACUCGGAUGUCCAUAAUUCAGACAGACAAUUUUCCCGCAGAGCCCAAUUACAUGGGCAGCAGGCAGCAGUUUGUUCAAAGUAGCUCCACGUUUAAGGACCCAGAAAGAGCCAGCCUGAGAGACAGUGGGCACGGGGACAGUGAUCAGGCUGACAGUGACCAAGACACUAACAAAGGCUCCUGCUGUGACAUGUCUGUUAGGGAGGCACUCAAGAUGAAAACUACUUCAACUAAAAGCCAACCACUUGAACAAGCAUUCCCGACUUUGCUUUCCUUUGCUAUCCUCACCCUACACACCAUCACAAGUAGACUUCAGUCUGUUGAUCUGCUUCCUCCAGAACCAGAAGAGUGUGUUAAUUGCACAGAUGAAUGCCGAGUGCUUGGUCAUUCUGACAGGUGCUGGAUGCCACAGUUCCCUGCAGCCAAUCAGGCUGAAAAUGCAGAUUACCGCACAAAUCUCUUUGUACCUACAGUUGAAGCUAAUGUUGAGACUGAGACUUACGAAACUGUGAAUCCCACUGGGAAAAAGACUUUUUGUACAUUUGGAAAAGACAAGCGAGAGCACACUAUUCUCAUUGCCAACGUUAAACCUUAUUUAAAAGCCAAACGUGCCCUGAGCCCUCUCCUCCAAGAGGUCCCCUCAGCAUCAAGCAGCCCAACCAAGGCAUGCAUCGAGCCUUGCACCUCAACAAAAGGCUCCCUGGAUAGCUGUGAAGCAAAACCAGGAGCCCUGGCUGAAGCAAGCAGUCAGUACUUGCCCACUGACAGUCAGUAUCUGUCGCCUAGUAAGCAACCAAGAGACCCUCCCUUCAUGGCUUCUGAUCAGAUGGCAAGGGUCUUUGCGGAUGUGCAUUCCAGAGCCAGCCGGGAUUCCAGUGAGAUGGGUGCUGUUCUUGAGCAGCUUGACCACCCCAACAGGGAUCUGGGCAGAGAGUCUGUGGAUGCAGAGGAAGUUGUGAGAGAAAUUGAUAAGCUUUUGCAAGACUGCCGGGGAAACGACCCUGUGGCUGUGAGAAAGUGAAAAAAAAAAAAAAAAAAAAAAAGGCAUUGGCAUUUUCUUGUCUCUUCUGUUGAUUUAAAGAUGAUUCCUCCUGGUGAUAACCCAUUUUACAGGGAUGAAGAAAGACCAAUGCUGCUUUAAGGCUUUUAGUGAACAUCUGAAGUGCCCACAAGUAUGUUCUUUCCACUGCUGUUUCUUUUUCAGAGAUAACAAUGGUUUCGUUUUGAUCAAACUUAUAUUAGGACAGAAUUAUUGAUGCUUAAAGAGAAAAGAAAAAAGAGAAGAAAAAGGAGAGAAGAAAAAGGAGGAUAAGAAGAAUUACCUUUUGACAAUCUGUUAGGAAGGUAUGCAGUGUGAGAAUUGAAGUAUUUCUGAUCACUCUCAGACUGUCCUCCGUGAUUUAUGCUGACUUAACUGUUUACCUAUAAACCCCAUACAAAGCAGGGUCAUAAUUUGUGAUCUGUGGUGGAUUUCUAGCAGUCAUCACAGGCUUCUACUGAAAGUCCUGAAAAGACCUUGCAGUAGUCCAAGCUACACCAAACAUUAACACGUAUUUGUGGUAAACAUUUCUGUAUAAAGUUACCUGACACACACAUAUAAACACAAGGAACAUUCCAUAUCAUUAGUCAAAAACAAAAAUAAAAACAACAACAAAAAAAAACCCUUUGGUCAUUUGUAAGACAUCUCAUGUCGUAUAAAAGUUAAAUGUAAAAAGAUAUAGUCCAUUUUGUCCUGCACACACGUAGACUAAUUCACGUCAUUAAAGGAGAAGAAAAUUUAAAGAUUUAAAAUGCCUAUUUAGCAUUUUAGUGUCCAACAAAGAUUUAAACAAUGAUGAGUAUGUUUUAAAUUUGACAUAGAAAAGUUCUAAAAAUUAGUUACCAUUGCGUGGUAAGAUUCAGAGAAAAUUAACUUGAUUAAUAUGUUUUAUUCAUUUGUGGACACUAAAAUAGCUCAGGAAAGUGAAAAUGUCUUAGACAUACACAAGUCACAUGACCAUUUAAAUGUGCAAAUGUAAGAAGAUUCAAUGUGUUUACAUCAAAUGACAUAUUUUUUAUUGAUUUAUUGCAGAUUCAGUGCAUAUGAGCCAAAUUGUUGAGUGUAUAAGAGCUAUAUUGUGUAUUUUAUUAAAUUAAUAUAUAGUUGUGUUGCAAAAAUAUUUGGGCUUAUAUUGUAAAUGGCAAGUGUUGCCUCGGUAGCUGUCGAACUCUAUGAGUUUUGUUUUUUCCUGCUUCCUUUUCCCCAUGGAGUGUGGGAAGCAGUGCCUCAGAGCAAAGUCUCUUGUUUAAUGUAUAGUCUACCAAGUACUACAGUACAUAAUCUGUUCAAAAUGUGUUUGAGUGAGCUGAUGGAGCUAACUGAAAGGUCAAAAAAUACAUCCAUCAGUCAUGGCUAUGUGCAAGUCCUUGUAGAAGAUUUUAUUAAAGUCAUGCUAAAUCACAAGAAUUAACAUUUGUACCAAUAUCUGAAACUUCUUCAUGUUUUUUCAAUAACAUACAGCUUCUGCCUAUGUAGAUAUUAUACCAUCAGUUGGUUCUCAAAGUAUUUUAAGUGGUUCAGAUGUGUGUUCCCAUUAAAUUUCAAAAACAUGAAAAAUGCUUUAAUGCAUGUAUGUACCAGCAGUGGUUACUUGCAUUGUGUAGUGUUUUUCAAGAGGUCUGUGUCUUAACAAAAUGUUUUCCUUUAUCUCAGUGCUCUUCUGCCUCUUUUUGUUGGUGUUCUUUGAGAACAAUACACCUUCUUUUCCUUCAUUUGGUUACACCUUUUCUUGUGACAUUUAGCGAGUUUCAAACUUAAUUCCAUAUGAGGCUAAGAAACCUCAAAUUUCAGGAAUUGGGAAAAAUAAAAUUAGCACUUGCAGAAGUAGCAGCAGAUGGGAAAAUGCCUUGAUUGACAUUUUCUUUCAGCAUUUAAAAUUUUUGGCAUUUUACAGCUUCAUGACAAACAGUUUUGUGCCCAUACCUUAGAAAAUGUGGUGCUGAGUUAAAUAAAGGCUGUUUGAGCACUGGAGCAGAAAAAUGCAUUAUUUGCAAACUGGUGGAGAAUUUUGUGCCUUCUCUUCUGGCCACCAAGCCAGUGUAGAAACAGCAUAAAUGUCAUAAAAAUUCUUAUAUUUAAAACAAAAACAAAAGCAAAAACAAACAUUGAAUUAAAUUAAGUUUUGUAAUUUUAAACUUUAAAAACUUCUACUGAAAAUACUUCCAUCAAAUGCCAUCAAUAUUUUAGACUGUACCUCGUUUGCAAAACUGCUUUGAGAGGGAAGAGUGGACAACUCCCAUCAGCCUUAUUCGCUUGAGAACUAUAUUUUGGUUCCUAGUAACAGCCUUUCCAAAGCUCUACUCUUGGUGUUUAUUACUCAUAAAUGUUUAAAUUAGAAAAGAAGGGAUCUUGUACAUGUGAAACCUAAUUGACUCUCUAUAUUUUGGACAAUUUAUGUAUCUGAAAUGUGUUGUCUCUGUUAUAUGACGUUAUUUUUGCCAGGAGACUACAGGUUGAUUUAGCUUGAUAGCUGAAAUUUGAUGGAAAACUGAUUUCCAUUUAGUCUUACCAAGUGUUGCCUCUCUCUUACUAGACAGAUAACCACUUAGUAAAACCUAAAGCAGUAUGUAAAUGAAAUCAGCAAAGAGAGUAGGGUUUAUUUUUUAAACAUUCUUAAUGCUAAGUAACCAGUUGUUCAAUUUAUUAUAUGUGUCUGAGGACAUUAAAACACCAUAAGAUUUUAAGAAUUGGUUGUGCCAAUGUGUGAGGGAUUUACCUUUAGGCUCUCUGUCACCAGUGAUUUGCUAGUGUUAGCUGUUUAACACAUUAUCUGUAUUUAGUAGUGAUUAUUUAUUUACAAGUUGGUGGUAAUACAGCAGUCAGGACCCUAAGCUUUUAUAGUUGAAUUGAAGAAAUCUCGCUUUCAUUCAUUUAGCUGGCAACUGCCUUUAUAGCAGACCUCUGGUGCUUGGCUUUCAAGGAAGCCUAUGAGAUGCCAAAAUCACACCUUUAGGGAACAACUUGCUCUAAUAGGUGAUGCAUGAGCAAACAGUGAGAUUUGAAGGGGUUUUAGCAUAAUUUAGAAUGUGAAAAAAAUAUCAGUUCACAUCUUUCAAGUACUAACCCCUCAAAAAUAUCCCACACAUACAAAAUAUGUGAUGUGAUACUACUUUAGGUCUUUUAGGUCUUUAAGUAACUGAAGUUAAGCACAGAAAAAAAAAAAAAAUCACUUCAUGGAAAUUUCAGUAAGAAACCCAAACUUCUAAAAAUUGCAUACAGAUGAAUUAAAAAAAAAAUCAGCAACAAAAUAACCUUUUCAUCAGUUAAAAGUAGUGAGAAUCUGUGUUAGUUAUACCUAUACCAAAGUAAACAUUAAAGAGACAUAUCAUGCAAUUUCAAAGAAUUCUUUCAUGCUAUUUCUUAACCUGACACUUCUAACUUUAUUGCAGGCAAUAGACAAAGAUUGGCUCACUACUCCAUAGGUUAAUUGAAUUCCUGGUUGAGAAACUAACUUGUUUUGUUUUCCAAAAUUAGCUGAAAUCUUGUAAAACAUGACUUCUCUUUAAAGGAUCUAGGCAUUGCUCAAUUUAAAAUAUGGCACCAUAAAAAAAGCCAUGUAGUAAUAGAGCAUAUGCUUUUUUAGAACCAGGUUAAAAGCUGUUUGUUAUCUAAUAAAGUAGAAGUUACUGAGUUCAACAAAUAGACAGGUCUGGCAUAAUAUAUGCCCAGUCAUAAUUGUCUGAUUAUAUUCUUUUGACAACAGACAGCAUUUAUCAGAGCAUUAAUUCAAAUGAGAGUUUUGGCUAUCAAGAUGUGUUGAUUCGAAAUAUCAUUGAAUGAGACCUGAUUAAAGUCUGACUUUCCUGGCCCCAGUGUUUUGCAGGUUGGCUAUUUCCAUUGUCAGCCCAUCACUCCAUAAGGUUCUUAGCUGCACCAAGAGAUUGGUGAACAAGGACAACAACAAAAGCAGCAUACAUUGUAUGAAUUUAUCUCAACGCUAUUGUUUAAUGGCUGUGUUUAAUGUGACCUAUCUGGAAAAUGAGGACUCUGAAUAAAAAACUAUUACUAAUA